AUGAGCAAGACUCAGCUGGGCCUGAAGCAGGAAGACUUCAUUCCAUCCAAACUCUUAGCCAUGGAGGAUUCUGGGGGAAGACUGUCCAAAGGAUCCUGGGUGAGGAGGACACCCUCCGCUCAGAUGUGCAGAGCCAGCAUCUCGGGCGGCUUUGCUACCAGGAGGCCAAAGGACCCCGAGAGGUUUGCAACCGACUCUACCACCUUUGCCGGGAAGGAUCAGUUUCCAGAAAUGGGUCCGGAUUCGUCUCGGGUAAAGAGAACUCCGUUGGACUCCAGAGACAUGCCACUGGGUGGUGAUGAAUUGGAGCUGAACAACAAGGGAGACCACGACAAAAUCCACACAGUGGGGAAGUUAUAUCCAUAUUCCGAGUGCAGAGAGAGCUUCAGUCAGAGCUCCCAUUCCACUUCAAAUCAAAGAAAUCCCAAUCAGAAGAAACCCUAUCAGUGCCAAGAGUGUGUUCAGUGCUUGGAAUGUGGAAAGAGAUUCAUUGAGAAGGCCAUACUCACGAUCCAUCAAAGAAUUCACAGCGAGGUGAAACUAUAUCAGUGCCAUGAAUGUGGAAAGAACUUCACUGACAGAUGCCAGCUUACUGUACAUCAGAUAAUUCACACAGGGGAGAAACCUUUUCAGUGCUUGGAAUGUGGAAGGGACUUCAGUCACCAAAGCUAUCUUACUGUACAUGAGAGAAUUCAUACAGGGGAGAAACCUUGUAAGUACCAGGAAUGUGGAAAAAGCUUCAGUCAACAAGGCCGUCUUACUGUCCAUCAGAGAAGUCAUACAGGGGAGAAACCUUUUCAGUGCUUGGAAUGUGGAAAGAGCUUCAGUCACCAAGGCCAUCUUACUGUACAUCAGAGAAUUCAUAAAGGGGAGAAACCUUUUCAGUGCUUGGAAUGUGGAAAGAGAUUCAUUCUGAGAAACCAGCUCACUGUCCAUCAGAGAUGUCAUAGAGGGGAGAAACCUUAUCACUGCUUGGAAUGUGGAAAAAGCUUCAGUCAACAAGGCCAGUUUACUGUACAUCAGAGAAUUCAUACAGGGGAGAAACCUUUUCAGUGCUUGGAAUGUGGAAAGAGCUUCAGUCAAAAGGGCACUUUAACUUCCCAUCAGAGAAUUCAUACAGGGGAGAAACGUUUUCAGUGCUUGGAAUGUGGAAAGAGCUUCAGUCACCAAGGCCAGUUUACUGUACAUCAGAGAAGUCAUACAGGGGAGAAACCUUUUCAGUGCUUGGAAUGUGGAAAGAGCUUCAGUCACCAAGGCCAUCUUACUGUACAUCAGAGAAUUCAUAAAGGGGAGAAACCUUUUCAGUGCUUGGAAUGUGGAAAGAGAUUCAUUGACAGACACCAGCUCACUGUGCAUCAGAGAAGUCAUACAGGGGAGAAACCUUUUCAGUGCUUGGAAUGUGGAAAGAGAUUCAUUCUGAGAAACCAGCUCACUGUCCAUCAGAGAAGUCAUACAGGGGAGAAACCUUAUCACUGCUUGGAAUGUGGAAAGAGAUUCAUUCUGAGAAACCAGCUCACUAUCCAUCAGAGAAGUCAUACAGGGGAGAAACCUUAUCACUGCUUGGAAUGUGGAAAAAGCUUCAGUCAACAAGGCCAUCUUACUGUCCAUCAGAGAAUUCAUACAGGGGAGAAACCCUAUCAGUGCUUGGAAUGUGGAAAGAGAUUCAUUGAGAAGACUAAACUUACGAUCCAUCAGAGAAUUCAUACAGGGGAGAAACCCUAUCAGUGCUUGGAAUGUGGAAAGAGAUUCAUUGAGAAGGCUAAACUCAUGAUCCAUCAAAGAAUUCACAGCGAGGUGAAACUAUUUCAGUGCCAAGAAUGUGGAAAGAGCUUCAUUGACAGACGCCAGCUCACUGUCCAUCAGAGAAUUCAUACAGGGGAGAAACCUUUUCAGUGCUUGGAAUGUGGAAAGAGAUUUAUUGAUAAUGCCAAACUCAAGAUCCAUCAAAGAAUUCAUACAGGGGAGAAACCCUAUCAGUGCUUGGAAUGUGGAAAGAGAUUCAGUCGACAAGGCCAUCUUACUGUCCAUCAGAGAAUUCAUACAGGGGAGAAACCUUUUCAGUGCUUGGAAUGUGGAAAGAGAUUUAUUGAGAAGGCCAAACUCAAGAUCCAUCGAAGAAUUCAUACAGGGGAGAAACCCCAUCAGUGCCAAGAGUCUGGAAACAGCUUCAGUCACAGGGCCGGCCUCGCUUCCCAUCAAAGAACUCACAUUGGGGGCAAAUUAUAGUAGUGACUUUAUACAGAUUUAAUUUUAGGAGACUUCAGUUAAUAUGACGUGAGGAUUGCAGCUGGGUUCUUCGCCACAUCUGGUGACCCAUAGUACCGGUAAUUCCUAGUACAUACGCAAGAUGAGCAGGUGAUAGCAAAGUUACAGUUAGGUAGCCGUGUCG